AUGGGGGGUUGCGCACCAGACCGAGCGGCCUUCGAGGAAGAGCUGGUUCUUACACCUACAGAGUUCGCAUCCAUUCACACCCCCGAAGGAGCACAAGUAAAGCUGCCAGGUCUCACACCAGGGGGAGAACCAAGACCUACCACUGGGAACCGGACAUGUAACUCCUCGGCCUCAGCAGAAGGAGGACCUGUACUUUACUCUCAGGGACCGUGUGAUGACGUCAUCCAUCCAGCCUGGGGGCGGGGCUUUGGCGGGGGGCGGGGCUUCGGCUGGGGGAUUUCUGAUCUCUAUCCAUAA